UAGAGUAUAUGAUCAGGAUUUCUUGAUGAAUAUGACAGUGUACAAGGCUCUAGAGUCUAUUUAUAAAGCUUACAGAUGAUUUGAAUUUAUUCAAUAAAUUCAGUCUGAUAAUAGAAAUCUUUAUCAUAUACUCUAGCGGGGCUAUAUGCUUUUGUUCACAACUACAUCCUCAUGCUAUGAGUUAGCUAGAAGCCUUUAAAAUAUUAAAUAUAAUAGAAACAUACAAAGCUAGCUAUUAAUAAAUUAACAUAAUGAAAAUGACCUCAAAUAUAAUACAUGGCUUUCAACAUCAUUGUGUUGUAGUUGGCAUUGUCUGAAUGAAAUUGAAGAGGAGGCUUUGCAAAUGUGCCUAAGAGUCAAAGGGCUCCAUAAGUUACACACAUGGACACAACUCUUUUCACUCCACAAGAGUCACCCACCUUCUUCCAUUGCAACCAACAGAGCAAUGAUCAUGCAGCAGCCAUGGACAUGCAAAGCAACAACAAUCAAAGCCACACAUCAGCAAGCCAAUCAUCAGACUCCACUGAUCAUCAUCUUCAGCAGUUGCCUACUAUUGCAUCAGACAAAUGGGCAUCAAGGCUUCUAAAGGAGUGUGCAAGAGCAAUUUCCGACAAAGAUUCCACCAAAAUCCACCACCUUCUAUGGAUGUUAAACGAGCUGGCUUCACCUUAUGGAGAUUGUGAUCAGAAGUUAGCCUCUUAUUUCUUGCAAGCUCUAUUUUGCAAGGCCACUGACUCCGGCCUACGGUGCCACAAAACCCUUUCUUUAGUGGCUGAAAAGAGCAACUCCUUUGAUUCAGCAAGGAAGUUGAUACUAAAAUUCCAAGAGGUAAGCCCUUGGAUGAAUUUUGGUCAUGUUGCUUCCAAUGGCGCCAUUUUGGAGGCCUUAGAGGGUGAUACAAAGCUUCACAUAAUCGAUAUAAGCAACACCCUUUGCACCCAAUGGCCUACUUUGCUUGAAUCUUUGGCAACAAGAAAUGAUGAGACUCCUCAUCUCAAGCUCACUGUUGUGGUAAUAGGUAGCACAGUGAGCUUAGUCAUGAAGGAAGUUGGCCAAAGAAUGGAAAAGUUUGCAAGGCUAAUGGGAGUACCCUUUGAAUUUAAUGUAAUAAGUGGGUUGAAGCAUUUGGGAGAGCUCACAAAGGAGAUGCUAGGUGUGCAAGAGGAUGAGGCAGUUGCAGUGAAUUGUAUAGGAGGCUUAAGAAGAGUUGAAGUGCAGGAAAGGGCAGGUGUGAUUAGGCUUUUCCAGUCCCUCAAGCCUAAAGUUGUGACAGUUGUAGAGGAAGAAGCUGACUUUUCAUCCUCAAAAGAUGAAUUUGUCAAGUGCUUUGAAGAGUGCUUGAGAUUCUACACAUUGUACUUUGAGAUGCUGGAGGAGAGCUUUUUUCCAACAAGUAAUGACAGAUUAAUGCUGGAGAGGGAGUGCUCAAGAAGCAUAGUUAGGGUUUUGGCUUGUGAUGAUUUAAAUAGUGAUCAAGGAGAGUGUGAGAGAAGGGAGAGAGGUACGCAAUGGUGUGAGAGGCUCAAGGAGGCAUUUUCUCCAUCUGGGUUUAGUGAUGAUGUUGUGGAUGAUGUGAAAGCAUUGCUGAAGAGGUACAAAGCAGGGUGGGGGGUUGUGCCACCAGAAGGAGAUGAUCAUGAAUCUACAGGACUUUACUUGACAUGGAAGGAGGUACGUGUGGUUUGGGCUUCAGCAUGGAAACCCUCUAAAGCUUAGCCCUUUGUGUUUCUAGCUAUUUCUUGCCCUUUGUGUUUCUAGCUAUUUCUUUUCCAAUAUUAUUACUGCAUGCAUACUUGAUUGUAUUUUAUAUGUUGUUUCCAAUUAGUUUCUUCUACUUUAUGCUUGGGAGUUUGUGUUGCUUCUUUUUCUUUUUAUAUGGUUGUUGUUGUUUGAAGGUGCUUGCACUUGUGCCUCACUUUAUAAAUUCCAUGGCAUCGUAUUU